AUGUCCGGGGCCAGGAACUUCGCAGCCACCCUUCGACGGGCUCGUCUACCCAAGCCGCGUGUGGCUGGGCGCACCAUUGUCUCCCAGAUUCCUGCUGUCACCGUUACUCGCAACUUUUCGCAAGCAUCGUCGUUACGAGCGACCAAGGAAGUCAAGUACACGAGCGACGCUUAUCCCAACCUGAAGCGCAACCCGAACUUCGGCGAGAUCACUCCGGAGGAUGUGAAAUACUUCAAGGAGUUGCUGGGUGCGGAGUCGGCCGUGAUUGACGGAGUGACGACCGAUGCCACCGACGAUAUCGAGCCAUUCAACGGCGAUUGGAUGCGCAAGUACCGCGGGCACACGAAACUCGUCCUCAAGCCGCAGUCGAAGGAGGAGAUUAGUGAGAUCAUGAAAUACUGCAAUGGGAAGAAGCUGGCUGUUGUGCCGCAGGGUGGAAACACAGGACUGGUUGGCGGUUCAGUGCCGGUGUUUGAUGAGAUUGUCAUCAAUACUUCGCGGAUGAACAAGAUUCGCUCGUUCGACGAGGCUUCGGGUGUCCUGGUUGUGGAUGCUGGUGUCAUUCUUGAGGUGGCUGACCAGUACCUCGCCGAGCGCCACCACCUCUUCCCGCUUGACCUUGGUGCCAAGGGCUCAUGCCAUAUUGGAGGCAAUGUGGCCACGAAUGCUGGUGGGUUGCGUCUGCUUCGGUACGGCAGCCUUCACGGUACAGUUCUGGGCGUUGAAGCUGUUCUUCCCGACGGCACAAUUUUCGAUGGCUUGUCAACUCUGCGCAAGAACAACACUGGUUACGAUCUGAAGCAGUUGUUUAUCGGCUCUGAGGGUACAAUCGGUAUCAUCACUGGUGUUUCGAUCAUCUGUCCUCCCCGACCCAAGGCUGUCAACGUUGCGUACUUCGGUCUUGAGAGCUACGACCAGGUUCGCCAGGCCUUUGGCGAGGCCAAGAAGCAGCUUUCCGAGAUUCUGUCUGCGUUUGAGCUUAUGGAUGGCCGUAGCCAGAAGCUUGUUCACCAAUCUACCGGCAACAAGUAUCCUCUCGAGGGAGAGUACCCCUUCUAUUGCCUGGUCGAGACAAGCGGAUCCAACGCUGAACAUGAUAUGGAGAAGCUGGAGACCUUCCUGGAGAGCAUCAUGGGCGAGGGUAUUGUGUCCGACGGUGUUUUAGCGCAAGACGAGACACAAUUCCAGAGCAUCUGGCGCUGGCGAGAGGGUAUCACCGAGUCCCUGAGCCACCUCGGCGGUACUUACAAGUACGAUGUUUCUAUCCCUCUUCCUGAACUGUACCAGCUGGUUGACGACUGCCGGGAGCGUCUGACCAAGCUCGGAUUCGUUGGUGACGACGACUCUUUCCCCGUCCGUGCCGUUGUCGGUUACGGCCACAUGGGCGACUCCAACUUGCACCUCAACAUCGCCGUUCGCCAGUACAACAAGGAAGUCGAGAAGGCGAUCGAACCCUGGGUGUACGAAUGGAUCCAGAAGCGCAACGGUAGUAUCAGUGCUGAGCACGGUCUGGGAGUUGCCAAGAAGGAAUUCAUUGGUUACAGCCAAAAUGAUACCAACAUCAAGCUGAUGAAGCAGCUGAAGGACUUGUACGAUCCGAACGGGAUUCUGAACCCUUACAAGUAUAUAUAG